AAUUAUUGGCUGUCUCGAUUGUUGAAAUACCGCAUUUUCAAAAUGGAAUCGGAUGAAGCAACGGUGGAGGAAGUCAGAAAAGAAGCGAGGCUUUCUGCAAAUGAGGAGAAGCGCGCUCGUUUCGUAGUGCCCGUGCAAUUUGAGUGCGAAAUGAGGGAACGACUCGAGGGCAUGAUGCAAGUGGUUGAAAGUGAACUCGACGACUUGGUUCUGGUUGCUAAGGCAACUUUGGACACCUGCAAAGAGUGGCAUACCACCAAAUACUGGGACUUGUUCCGCGUUAUGCAGAAAAUGGUACUUGCUGACAAAAUCCAAGAGAUAUUCCCUAAAUUAGAUGAGUAUGCAAAUGAGACCGAGGCUUUUGACGACUUGCAGAAUCGCUCAAGGAGGGUGCAGGAGUUUUAUCAGAUUGAUAAUUUGGCAGCCUAUUUCCAAUCUGUAUCUUCAGUUGCAGAUUUUGAACAACUACCAGCCGAAGGAGAGGCUGCUGCUGAAGAACCUUGUGCUAGCCUGCCAUUCAGGCGUCAUACAAUUAGUCAGAUCUCCAAUUACUACGAGAAUAAGGAGCCAAUUUCAGAAACAUGCAGGCGUGACACUUGGUGCGGACCUCACAAUCAGACUCAAAAGAGACGAAAGUCCGAGGCAAUGCCAAAAUCUAGUCUCUCCGUGAUAGAUGACGACAACAAAGGACUUGUGAUAAUCGGGACGGGAUUCAAGCCGGAAACGAUGACCAAAAGCGUGGACAUGCUGAACGCAGCUCCCAACCCUCAAAUAAUUAAAUCACCGGAGAGUGAGGAGCAGGAGGAAGGAUUAAUUUCAUAAAUUUCAAAUAAAAAAAGACGUAUGUUUUU